UGUUUUACUCGUAUUAUUACAAGACUAAUCUUAAUAAAUAAACUUAAGAAGUAAUUAACAGUCUAUCAAAUAUGUCUGAAGUGGUUCAAGAAGAUAUAAAAUCCUCAGCAUUGGAGCUCAUCGGAAACACUCCAUUGCUAGCGUUAGACAUGCUUCAUCCUGGACCCGGGCGUAUUCUGGUAAAAUGUGAAUUUAUGAACCCUGGUGCUUCACUUAAAUGCAGAUCGUCCUUGCAUAUGAUACAAAGGGCGCGGGAGAGAGGAGAUUUGAAAGCAGGCGGCAAAAUCAUUGAAGUGACUUCGGGUAACCAGGGAUGCGGUCUCGCUGUUGUUAGUGCCGUGUUGGGUCAUGAACUAGUAGCUCACAUGUCAAGUGGUAACACUAGACAGCGUGCUAUACACAUGGAGGCUUUGGGUGCCACGUGUAUCAAACAUCCUCAAGUAGAAGGUUCGUACGGAAAUGUAACAUUUGCUGAUGUAUCUGUUGUUAUAGAAAGAGCAACGAAAAUGGCAGAAGAAACUGGAUCAUACUUUGUUGGUCAGUUGAUGAACAACGAUAACGUGGAAGCCCAUUAUUUAUCAACUGGACCGGAAAUAUGGCGACAGUCGGGGCAUCGUGUUGAUGCAUUUUUAACAACAGUUGGUACUGCAGGAACGUUUGUUGGUGUGUCCAAAUAUUUGAAAGAAAUGAAUCCCGAGUGCAAAUGUUACGUCGUUGAGCCGGUGGGUUGUGAACCUAUUAAAGGCUGUCCAAUUGUAAAGCCAAAGCAUAUGUUGCAAGGUUCCAGUUACGGUAUUGUACCUGAUUUAUUUAAAUUUGAAUAUCUGGAUGGAACUCUAACUGUCACCGACGCAGAGGCGCUGCAGUACCAGAAACUGAUUGGAACUAAGGAAGGCUUGUACGUUGGAUACACAAGUGGUGCACAUGUCGCUGCAGCUGUGAAAUUACUGAACUCGGGAAAGUUACACAAGGAUGCAUGGGUUGUGACAAUUCUAUGCGAUACGGGUUUAAAAUACACUUGACAUAUUUUGUGUGUUCUGUAAUCGUAAAUUAGUGGAUUAAUAAUUAAUACAAUUUUUUUUGAAGUAAAACUUCUUUGGGCGUGACUACGAGUUAACUGGAAAACGAAAGUUACGACAAGAUGGCGUAACGGAAGUCUGUUACGGCAAGAUGGCGUCACGUUUCUGUAUCAUCCAGUUUUUGGUUUCUUCGUCCAUUUUUAAGACAGGCAAAGGGUUGUUGCCCAUACAGCCAUAUUCGUUAAUAUUCAAUAAAAAUGUCAUAUUUAUUUGUGGUAAUUAAUAAACUCUCCAUCAAUUUCUUAUU